AGUACAUAAAUUGCCUACUUUUGAAAGCGGUAGGUGAACAAUUGUAUCCGUUUAUUAAAAUAUUUCCAAAGAUACAAACAUAUUUAUAAUCAGAAUAUGAACACAGAGGUUUUAGUCGACGCAUUGCCAUAUUUUGAUGCUGGUUUUGACGAUCCAGGAGUUAGAGAGACAGUGCUUGCUAUGGUAGAAGAAGAAUGUAAAAGAUACAAACCAACAAAGAAUUAUCUUGAAUAUCUUCAACCCAUAAAUACAUCAAGUUUCGAAACUGAUUUAAUGCGAAAUGAAUUUUCAAGAGUUGAAAGCGGCACAAGAAUGGAAACAAUGAGCACUAAACGUUAUGAGCUACCGGCACCACCUGCAGGAAAAUUAGGAGAACUUCAAGCAUGGCAAGAAAGUGUCGACAACAGUUUGUCUCAAUUAGAGCAUCAAUCAAUUCGUUCAUUAAAUCUUGAAUUAAUGAAUAAGUAUGGAACUGAGACUUGGAAACAAGCUUUAGAGAUUAUGAUUGGCAUGGGCGCAAAAGCCCAAAAGGAAUUACAAAAUCUUAAAAAGGAAAUUCAAGACAUUAACUGGAAACGAAAAAGUAUACAACUGCAAACUGGAGAAAAACUAAAUAAUCUUAAUCAACAAUGGGUCUCUCUUGUAUCUUGCAAUUAUGAAAUCGAGCAAGCUAUAUCAAUGCUAGAACUUCAAAUUCAACAAAUAAAGCAUAAGAAAUGUAUUCAAGAUGAGACAAUUUAAUUGAAGUUGAUGUAAAAUCCUAAGACACUAAAAUGGAAUGUGCGCCGAUUUUAAUAAAAUUAAUUUUUUCUUAAAGGA